UCCGCCCCGUGGCCGCCAUGGCCGACCGGUCGGCGGCGGUCCCGCCUGAGGCCCCCUCCGGGGCCGCGGCGGCGGCGGCGGCGGCGGCGGCAAGCCCCGCGGAGUCCCCCCUCCAAGGCUGCGCCCGCCACCGCCUGCGCGCGGUGGAGCCGGUGCUGCUGCUGGCCACGCUGGCGCUCGGCUUGCAGAGCCCGCUCUGCACCCAGUUCCUCUGGGACCGCCUCGGCGCAGGCAACGGCACCGGCACCGGCACCGGCACCGGGGGCGGAGAGGCCGGCGGCGGCUGUCCCAACGACACCGGUUCCGGGCAGCAGGAGCUGGAGAUGCUGGUGGCCCACUGGAACCUGUACCUCAACCUGGCCGGCUUCUUUGUGGGGCUCUUCUCGGUGACCCUCUUUGGCCCCUGGAGCGACAGCGUGGGUCGCCGGCCGAUCCUGACCCUGCCAGCAGUGGGCAUGGCCCUGCAGGCAGCUGUCUACCUGGUGGUCAUGUAUGCUGAGCUGCCCGUGGGGUACCUCCUGGUGGGCCGGGUGCUGAGCGGCCUCUCGGGGGACUACAACCUGGUGCUGGCCGGCUGCUUCGCCUAUGUGGCCGACAUCAGCGCCAGGCCCGCCCGCACCUUCCGGGUGGCCAUCCUGGAAGCCUGCCUGGGCCUUGCGGGGAUGGCCGCAAGCGUGCUGGGCGGGCGGUGGCGCCAGGCCCAGGGCUACCUGGCGCCCUUCUGGCUGGUCUUUGCAGCGAGCCUCGCUGCCGCCCUCUACUCUGCCUGCAUCCUCCAGGAGUCAGUGCCACAGAGGCGGCCACAGAAGCUGCUCACACUCCACCAUUACACAGCGGUGUAUCGGCUCUAUGCCAGCCCUGCCCGGGGCUCAGCCUGGCAGAUGCUGCUCCUCUACUCGCUCGCGUUCUUUGUGGUGGUCACGGUGCACUUUGGGGCCCGGGAGAUCCUGGUGCUCUACGAACUCAGUGCCCCGCUCUGCUGGGGCCCGGUGCUGAUCGGCUACGGCUCGGCGGCCCACUACCUGACCUACUUGAGCAGCCUGGCAGGGCUGCGGCUGCUCCAGAUGUGCAUGGGGGACUCCUGGGUGGCCGAGGUGGGCCUGCUCUCCAACAUGCUGGGGCUGGUGACCAUGGCGCUGGCAGUGACGACGGCCCUGAUGUUCACAGGCUACGGGCUUCUCUUCCUCUCGAUGACGGUGACUCCCGUGAUCCGCUCCAAGCUCUCCAGAUUGGUGAGCGAGACCGAGCAAGGUGCCCUCUUUGCCGCUGUGGCCUGCGUGGAGGGACUGUGCUCCCUGGUGGCCACCGGAGUGUUCAGCUCCCUGUUCCCGGCCUGCCUGUCCUUCAUGAAAGGGUUCCCCUUCCUUUUCGGAGCCAUCCUCCUCCUGGUUCCAGCCGCCAUCGUGGGGUGGAUCGAGAUCCGGGACUCCACGCCUAGAUACCAGCAGUUUGCCGAUGUUCCUGGGCCACCGCAGGAGGCUGAGCCGUGAGCCAGACGCGACUGACACCUUUGCUCCCCGCAGGCACAGAGGAGCCACAGUCUCCUGGCAUGGAACGGAUCAAGCCCGGUUGGACAGACUGAGGGUUUAGGCCUUGGGGACCGUGUGAAUGCCCAGAUGCGUCAUCGUCUGUCUCAACUUGAGCAAAAUGAUGGGGACUCGGAUGGGGUUCUGGGAUGAGGCAGUCUGGAGAGGGUGUGCCCGAGGCUCUUCCUGCUGGUACUCGCCAGAGGGACCCCAAGGCUGCCCAACAGGGUCCUGCACGUGGCACAGAGGGCGGAAUCCUAGGAUGCCUUUGCCCGGGCCCGGGCACUGUCAAGACCCUUUCAGAUGUGAGGCUGCUAGGAUUGAAACAAGGGGGGGAGGGGAGGCAACACGGGGGGGAGGGAAGAGGACUGACCUCCGGGGAUCUGAUCCUCACCCCACGGGGCUCCCCUAUCUUGCUGGGAAUUGGCGAGUCUCCCUCCAGUCCCCGGGGCCUCUUCCUGGUGACCGAGGGACAAUAAAAGAGAAAGGCUGUGCUGGUAACAAGUGGUCUCUGAAGGCUUUGUGCUCUUGAGGAUGGGCAGAGGGCAGGGCCUGGAAGGGCUGCCUGGAGAUUGCCCUUGGCAACUGCAGCUCAUCUGUCCUUCCCUGUUUUCUUGGGAACCAGUCAGCUUCUUGGUGGGGGCAAGGACACCUGGACAUCCUGCUGCUCUGGC